CUAUAAAUGCUGGGACUCGGUGUACAAUCCCUCUCUUGCAGUCGCGAUAUUUCUCCUCGAGCAAGAAUAUUCAAGUGCAGCAUCCAGCAAUGGAGGGAUUCAGAACAGGCAAAACCAGUUCCUACCGCAGGAUGUUUGCAGAAAAACCGAUCAAAGUUACAACCAGCCGUCGCAGCUACACGGUUCGCGGGAGUCCGCAGAGCUUGAUCACCAGUUACCCCGCCAGAACGAGUUACAGUAUGCCAAUCAAGGCGAAAACUACGAGGUUUGUGAGGAGCAGUGGUCCGAUAGUGGCUUCGAGCAGCAACCUCAACUUCGCUGUAGUGGAUGCCCUGAACACGGAGUUUAAGGUGAACCGCAGCAAUGAAAAGGCUGAGAUGAUUGAGCUGAACGACCGCCUGGCCAGUUUCCUCGACAAGGUGAGGGCACUGGAGCAACAGAACAAAACCCUGCUUGUCGAACUGGAGCAGCUGAAGGGUAAACGGCCAUCCAGAAUCGGAGACUUAUAUGAGCAGGAGCUGAGGGACCUGCGUCUGCAGGUUGACCAGAUCAGCAAUGAGAAGUCCAGGAUUGAGAUGGAACGCGAUAACCUGGCCGAUGAUCUUCAGAAGCUGAGGGAGAAGUUGCAAGAUGAAGUUAUUCAACGGGAGGAUGCUGAGAACAACCUGGCAGCUUUCAGACAGGAUGUGGAUGAUGCAUGCCUGGCACGCUUGGAUUUGGAGCGUAAAGUUGAGUCACUACAAGAAGAAAUUAUGUUCUUGAAGAAACUUCAUGAAGAGGAAGUUCAAGAAUUGCAAGCUCAAAUCCGAGAUUCACAGAUCAAGGUUGAGAUGGAUGUGGCCAGACCUGACCUGACUGUAGCACUCCAGGAAGUUCGCUCUCAGUUUGAUAAACUUGCUGCUAAGAACAUUUCUGAGACUGAGGAAUGGUAUAAGUCCAAGCUGGCCGAUAUAAAUGAUUCUGCCGCUCGUAACAAUGAUGCUCUUCGCAUGGCAAAACAAGAAAACAAUGAUUACCGCAGACAAGUCCAGACACUGACCUGUGAAAUCGAUGCACUGAAGGGAACGAAUGAAUCCCUUGAGCGCCAGAUGCAGGAUUUGGAAGAACGCUAUAGUACAGAGCUCAGUGGUGCUCAGGACAACAUUUGCCAGCUUGAAGAAGACAUCAGUAAUUUGAAGGACGAGAUGGCACGUCACUUGCAAGAAUACCAAGAGUUAUUGACAGUUAAAAUGGCUCUUGAUAUUGAGAUUGCAACAUACAGGCAAUUACUGGAAGGUGAAGAGAACAGGAUUUCUAUGCCUGUGCCCUCAUUUGGAUCACUGAGCCUCUCUGAUGCCUUGUAUGAGCAGCAGCCAACUGAAAGUCGAACAUCAAAGAAGAAAAUUGUGAUUAAAACUGUUGAGACUAGUGGUGGAGAUGUGAUCAGUGAAACUACUCAGAAAAUUGAAGACUGAACUUGGUCAGCACAAUGAAGCUGAGGCUGUUUCAAAGCAAAAAAAAGAUAGACAAGAAUGUGCUGCUUGUCCUCUUAAUCAAGAAUACUGUUGGCUUUUAAAGUGCCUUUCUGCAUCUAAUUGAAGAGUGCCAAAUUCAAUAAAGUUUUGUUGUAAGCUUUAUAGAAAAGUUAAAAUACAGUAAAUGGCUUUACUGAAGUUAUAUUCCACUCUGUUUAUGGAGAGAGUCACUAGUUUACAAUUGCACAGUGAUGACUAGCAAUACUUCACCAGUUUUGAAUCUAUUUACAAUCGGAACCACAUCUGCUUUUUAUCUUUCCCCCAGUAAUUACCUGUAAGCGAGCUUUAAUAAAACAUUGACCAAA